UUAAGGAUUAUUGCAUAUGAUGUUUCAGAUGAACAAUCAGCUUGCAUAUUAUUGUUGUCGUUCAUUGCCUUAUUUGAGACAGGAGUAUUUGGAAAGGGUUUGAAUGUUUCAGUUUUUUGUUUUAGAGAGAAAAUGCUGAGUUCAUCCACAUUGAAGAAAAACGAGAACAACUACCGCCUGGAUCCUGCAGGAUAG